GCCAUUGGCUUGUAAAUCAAUCCUUCCUCUAUAUCGAAUACAUCACAGAAUUGAGAGUGAAUACGAGAUGCCGCCAUAGUUUUCCCCGUCCCUCUCCAAUCCCUAGCUAGAUCCUAACAAUUGGUACUCAGAGCCCAAAUUUUCCCCCACUUCACGCUGGAUCACAGCCACGAGACGCGGUUGGCGGCGGCGGCGGCGCGCCGACGACAGGAGCUCAUGGAGCACCUGAGCGCCGAAGGCAAGGCGAUCUACGAGACCAUCACCCAAGCAAGCGAGGCGGCCCAUCUACGUCACCAGAAGGAGCUCGAUGCGCUCAUUGUGGCGGCGGUGGGGAGUGUCGUCGAUGCUGCGGUGUCGCGUUCCGUCGGGGCGGCGGUCGACAAGGCGGUGGAGGCAGCGAUGGGGACGGUCGUCAACGAUAUGCAGGCGUACACCGACGGGGCGGAAGCCGACCUCCUCAAGCAAAUUCAGGACCUCCGCGCCGCCAAGAGCACCACCUUCCGCGCCAGCGAUUUGGAGGGAUUCGAGCGUUCGCCUACGGCCACGGCAGAGGCGAAUCAGGCAGGAUUCAAGGCGUCGCUGUCGACCAGAGGACCAGGUUCAAGCACGCAAGCACUGUAUGUUCCGCCGGUCGCUAGAGGUAUACCUGAACCGCGGUCGAGUUCAUCUUUUUCUAGUCUAUUGCAACGCGAGCGGAGGAACAAUUCGUCAGGCCAUGGGAAACCCCCCUCUGUUGAUUUCCCAAAAUUUGAUGGGGAGAAUCCAAAGCUUUGGCAAACACGGUGUGUGGACUAUUUUGCUAUGUUUGACACUGAUCCGGAUCUCUGGAUUGCUAUUGCCGCUAUGCAAUUCGAAGGAGCAGCAGCACGUUGGUUAUCGUCAGUUCAAUACAAAUUUGUUCGAUCAUCGUGGGAGGAUUUUUGUGCUGCAGUUCUGAAUCGUUUUGGCCGCAACCAACAUCAGUCCUUGGUGCGCAAACUUUACCGGCUGAAACAGACAGGGACAGUGGAAGAUUAUGUUAGUCAGUUUUCUGAACUUAUGGACCAGUUGACUGCUUAUGAACCAGAGCCAGAUAUGCUGCGCUAUACAACCCGUUUCAUGGAUGGUUUGAAGGCAAGUGUGCGUAUGACAUUAGCGGUGCAGCGACCUGCUGAUCUCGACACUGCUUAUUCCAUUGCUGCAGUACAUGACGAAAUGGGAGAGCUCGAUAGUGAUACUUAUACUGCUGGUCGUCGCUCUUUGUCCUCGUGUGUGUAUGGGCGUUCUGACAAAAUAGUUCCUGUCAAAGCUAUUGAGGAAACUAGAGACAAGCCUAAGGUCAAUGCUCUAGAGGAUAAGUUGGCUACACUUAAGGCUUAUAGCCGAGCAAAAGGCCUUUGUUUCAUUUGUGGUGAGCGCUGGGGUCGAGAUCAUAAGUGCAAUCAGACUGUGCAACUGCAUGUAGUGCAAGAGAUGCUAGAAUUUUGUGCCUUGGAUAAUGGUGAUUCUGAGGAUAGUGAUAUGGAUCUGAUGGUAUUGUCAGCUGACACACAGACUGCAACAGGCGGUUCUUCGGCUAUCAGGCUUGAUUGUCAGCUAGCUGGUCAUAAGGUCAUCUUCUUGCUUGACUCGGGAAGUUCCCACUCAUUCAUCAGUGAUCGUUUAGCAGCUCAUGUGCCUGGUAUGCAACAGUUGCCCAAACAACAGAGUGUGAGAAUUGCUGGUGGUGGACAAUUGCAGUGUACACAUGUUAUUCCUCAGUGUUUGUGGUCAGCCAGGGGGCAUGAAUUUGAGUGUGAUUUCAGAGUGCUACCAUUGAAACAUUAUGAUGGCAUAGUGGGCAUGGAUUGGCUUUCUUCUCUCGGCACUAUGCAAGUGAACUGGCUUGAAAAAUGGUUGGUAUUCGAGUAUAAGGGAGCUCCAAUAUUUUUGCAAGGACAUCCUCCUACUUCCUUUAAUUGCACUGUCGUCGAGCUCCAUUUGGUUCAACCAGCUAGCGACAAGAGUCCAGUUGUUCCUCUUCCGGCACCUAUACAGGAACUGUUGGAUGAAUAUGCUAGUGUGUUUGCUAUUCCCACUUCUCUUCCACCGCGACGAGCUUGUGAUCAUCGCAUUCCUCUGAUUGAAGGAGCUCAGCCAGUAAAUAUCCGACCCUAUAGGUAUUCUCCAGAACUGAAAACAGAAAUCGAGAAACAGAUAAAAGAGAUGUUGGAAUCUGGAGUAAUUUCACCUAGUUCAACUCCUUUUGCUUCCCCUGUUAUCAUGAUUCGCAAGAAAUAUGGGACAUGGCGGCUCUUUGUGGACUAUCGGCACCUUAAUCUGAUCACAUUGAAGACCAAAUAUCCCCUACCUACGAUUGAUGAGUUACUCGAUGAGUUGACAGGAGCAUCUUGGUUUUCCAAGCUUGAUCUUCGUGCAGGUUACCAUCAAAUUCGUUUGGCCCCGGGUGAAGAAUAGAAA